AUGAUCACCCUGACGGAGCUCGCAACGCUGACUGACUCUCAGUCCACCCAUCGCCUCCUCAAGCCCUGGUGGGACGUCCUGAUGGACUACUUGGUGCUGGUCAUGCUGAUGGUGUCCCUCCUGUCUGCCACGCUGCUCAUUUCCCAGGACAAGGUGGUCUGUCUACCCUGCGACCACGUACGGGCUCUGAAUGCCACACCUGGGAGUUCCUCCCUGGGCGCUGUGCCCCGACCACACAGUCCUCACCCCCCUGAGGGGCAGGAAACAUCCGACUGUGGGAGCAGGCAUCUGUCAGGAGCUGCGGGAGACCACUCAGGGCCAGCAGAAUCCAAAUCACCAUCCUCCGCUCGCCGACUGAGGGCCGGCGGUUACAAAACUAACCUGGAUUUCCAGCAGUACGUCUACAUCAGUCAGGUGUGUUACCAGAAAGCUCUGCCCUGGUACUCCAAGUAUUUCCCGUACAUCGCCCUGGUGCACACCAUCAUUCUGCUGGCCGGAGGCAACUUCUGGUUCAAAUUCCCAAAGACCUCCUCCAAAGUCGAGCAUUUUGUCUCGAUCCUGGGCAAGUGCUUUGAGUCGCCGUGGACCACCAAAGCAGUCUCCGAGACCGCCAACGAGGAUUCGGAAAUCAGCCAGAACCGUUCGAAAAUGUUCAAGUCCGCCACCCUGGAGCCCAGCGACAUCUCGGACACCAGCUCCUCGCUGACCUCGCACCCCGAGGUGACCUUUGAACCGGCGGUCAGCGGCUCACCUUCGAUGAACAUCUUGGACAAGCAGGACGGUGAGCAGGCCAAGGCGCUGUUCGAGAAAGUGCGCAGGUUUCGGGCUCACACAGAGGACGGGGACCUGAUCUACAAGUUCUACGUUGGCCAGACAGUGGUGAAAGCGCUCAAGUUCCUGGUCAUCCUGUGCUAUACCUUCACCUUUGUCGACUCCAUCACCUUCGAGCACGUCUGCAAGCCCAAGAUUAAGAACGUUACAGGUUACUCAGUCUUUUUCUGCACCCACAGCAUGGCCUACAUGCUGAAGAAGCUGCUCAUCAGCUACAUCAUCCUGAUUGCCCUGUACGGCCUGGUGUGCCUCUAUACCCUCUUCUGGCUCUUCCGAGGGUCACUGAAGGAGUACUCCUUUGAGAAGGUGCGCGAGGAGAGCAACUUCGGUGACAUUCCUGACGUCAAGAACGACUUUGCCUUCCUCCUGCACAUGGUGGACCAGUACGACCAGCUCUACUCUAAACGCUUUGCCAUCUUCCUGUCCGAGGGCUGUGAGAGCAAGCUGCUGGAGAUGAACCUCAACCACGAGUGGACGUACGAGAAGCUCCGGCUGCACGUCUCCAAGAACGUGCAGGGGAAGCUGGAGCUGCAGCUCUUCAUGCUGUCCGGCAUUCCCAAAGCCGUCUUCGACAUGAGCGACCUGGAGGUGCUGAAGCUGGAACUGAUCCCAGACGUCCGGCUGCCGGCAAAGAUUUCCCAGAUGGUGGCGCUGAGGGAGCUCUACCUUUACCACUGCCCGGCGAAGGUAGACCAAAUAGCUUUCAACUUCCUGCGGGACCACCUCCACAUCCUGCACGUCAAGUUCACCGACAUCGGGGAGAUCCCCCUCUGGGUGUACUCGCUCAAGAACCUGGUGGAGCUGCACCUCUCGGGCAAUCUCAACUCUGAGACCAACAAGGCCAUCGGCCUGGAGUCCCUCAAGGAGCUGCGGCACCUCAAAAUUCUCAUCGUCAAGAGCAACCUGUCCAAACUCCCCUCGAACGUGGUGGAGCUGGCCACACACCUAUCCAAGCUGGUGAUUCAGAACGACGGGACCAAGCUCCUGGUCCUGAACAACCUGAAGAAGCUGACCAGCCUCUCGGAGUUGGAACUGCAGAACUGUGAACUCGGCAGGAUCCCACACGCCAUCUUCAGCCUCGGCAACCUUCAGAAGCUGGACCUGAAAGCCAAUAACAUUCAGAGCAUCGAGGAGAUCGUCAGCUUCCAGCACCUCAAGAGGCUCUCCUGUCUCAGACUGUGGCACAACGCCAUCUCGUGCAUCCCCACCACCAUCAGCCUGAUCAAAAACCUCGAGCAGUUGUACCUCUCCAACAACAAGCUGGAGUCCCUACCCGCCGCCCUGUUCACCCUGAGGAAGCUACGAUACCUGGACCUCAGCCACAACCUGCUGACGGCCGUGCCUCCCGACAUUCACCUGCUCCAGAACCUGCAACACUUCUCCAUCACCAAGAAUAAGGUGGAGACGCUGUCUCUCCAGCUCUUCAACUGCCUCAAGCUGCGAUCCUUGCAGCUAGGCCAGAACUGUAUCGCACACAUCCCACCAGAGAUCGGACAGUUAACUCAGCUCACUUACCUCGAGCUGAAAGGAAACCAUUUAGAGAGGAUUCCUCCUGAGAUCGGCAGUUGCCUGUUACUCAAGAAGAACAGUCUUAUCGUUGAAGACCUUCUGUUUGAUCAUCUCCCCACUGAGGUCAAAGAGCACUUCACCGAACAAGACUUUACCUCCAUUGUCUGACCUGUCAGCUGAGAGUUAGAGAGUCUCCUAUCAGUGGGCCCACCCGUUUAGAGGUCCCUGUGUUGUACCAGGAGAGACCUCACACUGAGUCAGGCACCUCCUCAGGUCGGGUUACAUCACUUGGACAGCUUUAUACCUCGCUCAGAGUGGGUUUCAACAGGUCGACACCUCCAAUGGUCUUCUAGAUGUAUAUAAUCUGGCUGGUGAUUCAAGCCAACAUUUACACAGGGGCAUUAUUUAGAGGUUUCAUUGUAGGGGUUAUUAGGAUAGUCUGAGGUGGGAAUUAAUGUGUGUAUUAGGAUAGUCUGAGGUGGGAAUUAAUGUGUGUUAUUGGGAUACGGUCAGAAAAAUCUUACAGACCCUCCAAACUACAUCCAGGAGGUGGGAGAGAGGG